CCGCGGACGAGCUCGGCGGCCGGAGCCCAGGGCAAAGUAGUCCCCGGAGCGCGCUGGGCCGGGCGGGCGGAGGCGCACGGCGGGCGCGGUGCUGCGGCGCAGCUGAUUAUUGAGGGGCCGAGCAGCCGCCGCCGCCGCCGCCGAGUCCGCACCGGAGACUUUGGGGCCUCACUAGUGUGUGAGCGGGGAUCUUCCGAGGAAGUGUGGAACCAGUGAAUGGUAGUGUCUAGAAAGGGUAUGUCCCUUCAAGAGAGAGGUGCCAAUGUCCAACCGGCCUAAUAACAAUCCAGGGGGGUCACUGCGACGUUCACAGAGGAACACUGCCGGGGCCCAACCACAAGACGACGCGAUAGGAGGAAGGUCACACUUAGGGCAGGCAAAACAUCAGGGAUAUAGCCCUCCUGAGAGUAGAAAAUCUAAUUCUAAGGCACCCAAAGUGCAGUCUAAUACUACUUCAGAACUGUCAAGGGGACACCUUUCUAAAAGAAGCUGCGGUUCAUCAUCUGCUGUCACAGUACCACAAUUGGAGGAUCCAGAAAGAGCCAGUACUUCAGAAAGGCAGAAAACAGUGCAGGUGCCUAAGAAAGACAAUUCUCGAGGAGUGAAACGCAGUGCUAGCCCAGAUUACAACAGGACCAAUUCUCCUAGCUCUGCGAAAAAGCCCAAAGCGCUUCAGCAUACUGAAGCUUCGUCAGAAACGAAGAAGCCACAUAGUAAGUCAAAGAAGAGACCUUUAGACCAGGAGCAACAGCUGAAAUCUGCACAGUCGCCAUCAACUAGCAAGGCUCACACCAGGAAGAGUGGGGCCGCUGGGAGUUCACGGAGUCAGAAAAGAAAGAGGACAGAAAGUUCUUGUGUAAAGAGUGCUGCUGGGUCCGAACCAACUGGUGCCGAAGAGAGAUCUGCAAAACCUACCAAGCUGGCUUCAAAAUCCGCCGCCUCAGCAAGAGCUGGCUGUAGCACCAUCACUGAUUCUUCUUCUGCUGCCUCUGCCUCCUCUUCGUCCUCUGCUGUAGCCUCGGUCUCCUCCACUGCACCAGCAGGAGCCAGGGUGAAGCAAGGGAAAGAUCAGAGCAAGGCCAGACGUUCCCGCUCAGCAUCCAGCCCCAGUCCCAGAAGAAGCAGCAGGGAGAAGGAACAGAGUAAAACUGGUGGCUCUUCAAAAUUUGAUUGGGCUGCUCGCUUCAGCCCGAAAGUUAGCCUUCCUAAAACAAAACUGUCUCUUCCAGGGUCUUCUAAGUCAGAGACAUCAAAACCUGGACCUUCUGGAUUACAGGCCAAAUUAGCAAGCUUAAGGAAAUCUACCAAGAAACGCAGUGAGUCCCCACCUGCUGAGCUCCCCAGCUUGAGGCGGAGCACACGCCAAAAGACCACGGGCUCCUGUGCUAGUACCAGCCGGCGAGGCUCUGGCCUGGGCAAAAGAGGAGCAGCUGAAGCUCGGCGACAGGAGAAGAUGGCAGACCCUGAAAGCAACCCUGAGGCCGUCAACCCGUCAGCUGCGCGGCCGGACGAGGCGCCCCAAGGAGCAGCAGCUUCUAGUUCUGUUGCAGGGGCUGUUGGCAUGGCCACUUCUGGGGAGAGUGAAUCUGAUGAUUCCGAGAUGGGGCGAUUGCAAGCUUUAUUAGAGGCCAGGGGUCUUCCUCCUCACCUGUUUGGUCCUCUUGGUCCUCGGAUGUCACAACUUUUCCAUAGAACGAUUGGCAGCGGAGCUAGUUCUAAGGCCCAGCAACUUCUACAAGGACUGCAAGCCAGUGACGAAAGCCAGCAGCUCCAGGCAGUUAUUGAAAUGUGUCAGUUGUUGGUCAUGGGAAAUGAGGAGACACUGGGAGGAUUUCCUGUCAAGAGUGUUGUUCCAGCUUUGAUAACAUUAUUGCAGAUGGAACAUAAUUUUGAUAUUAUGAACCAUGCUUGUCGAGCCUUAACAUACAUGAUGGAAGCACUUCCUCGAUCCUCUGCUGUGGUUGUAGAUGCUAUUCCUGUCUUCUUAGAAAAGCUGCAAGUCAUCCAGUGCAUUGAUGUGGCAGAGCAGGCCUUGACUGCCUUGGAGAUGCUGUCGCGGAGACACAGUAAAGCCAUUCUGCAGGCGGGUGGUUUGGCAGACUGCUUGUUGUAUCUCGAAUUCUUCAGCAUCAAUGCCCAAAGAAAUGCACUAGCAAUUGCAGCCAAUUGCUGCCAAAGCAUCACGCCAGAUGAAUUUCAUUUUGUGGCAGAUUCCCUCCCCUUGCUUACCCAAAGGCUAACUCAUCAGGACAAAAAGUCAGUGGAAAGCACUUGCCUUUGUUUUGCGCGUCUUGUGGACAAUUUCCAGCAUGAGGAGAAUUUACUCCAGCAAGUUGCCUCCAAAGAUUUGCUCACAAAUGUUCAACAGCUGUUGGUGGUGACUCCACCCAUCUUGAGUUCUGGGAUGUUUAUCAUGGUGGUUCGAAUGUUUUCUCUGAUGUGUUCCAACUGUCCAACUUUAGCAGUUCAACUAAUGAAGCAAAACAUUGCAGAGACGCUUCACUUCCUCCUGUGUGGUGCCUCCAAUGGAAGUUGUCAAGAGCAGAUUGACCUUGUUCCCCGGAGUCCUCAGGAGCUGUAUGAACUGACCUCUCUGAUUUGUGAGCUUAUGCCAUGUUUACCAAAAGAAGGCAUUUUUGCAGUUGAUACCAUGUUGAAGAAGGGGAACGCGCAGAACACAGAUGGUGCGAUCUGGCAGUGGCGUGAUGACCGGGGCCUCUGGCAUCCCUAUAACAGGAUUGACAGCCGGAUCAUUGAGGUAGCAGCCCAUCAGGUCGGUGAGGAUGAGAUAAGCUUGUCCACUCUGGGACGAGUUUAUACUAUUGAUUUUAAUUCUAUGCAGCAAAUCAAUGAGGACACGGGAACAGCACGUGCCAUUCAGAGAAAACCUAACCCCUUAGCCAAUACUAACACUAGUGGAUACUCAGAGCUAAAGAAGGAUGAUGCUCGAGCACAGCUUAUGAAAGAGGACCCGGAACUGGCUAAGUCUUUCAUUAAGACCUUGUUUGGUGUUCUUUAUGAAGUGUAUAGUUCCUCAGCAGGACCUGCGGUCAGACAUAAGUGCCUUAGAGCAAUUCUUAGGAUAAUUUAUUUUGCGGAUGCCGAACUUCUGAAGGAUGUUCUGAAAAAUCAUGCGGUUUCAAGUCACAUUGCUUCCAUGCUAUCAAGCCAAGACUUGAAGAUAGUAGUCGGAGCGCUUCAGAUGGCAGAAAUAUUGAUGCACAAGUUAUCUGAUAUUUUUAGUGUUUACUUCAGAAGAGAAGGUGUAAUGCAUCAGGUCAAACACCUGGCAGAAUCCGAGGCUUUGUUGACAAGUCCACCAAAGGUGUGUACCAAUGGGUCAGGAUCCUUGGGCUCCACAGCGCCUGUCACCAGUGCAGCGGCUACAGCGGCCACGAACGCCCCGGCUGACCUGGGCUCACCCAGCCUGCAGCACAGCAGGGAUGAUUCUUUAGAUCUGAGCCCUCAAGGUCGAUUAAGUGAUGUUCUAAAAAGAAAGCGACUGCCAAAACGAGGGCCAAGAAGGCCAAAGUACUCACCUCCAAGAGAUGAUGACAGAGUAGACAAUCAAGCUAAAAGCCCCACCACUACUCAGUCACCUAAAUCUUCUUUCCUGGCAAGCUUGAAUCCAAAAACGUGGGGAAGGCUCAGCACACAGUCCAACAGCAACACUAUUGAGCCAGCACGAACCGCAGGAGUUAGUGGUCUUGCCCGGGCUGCCUCAAAGGACACCAUAUCCAAUAAUAGGGAAAAAAUUAAAGGAUGGAUUAAGGAGCAGGCGCACAAAUUUGUAGAACGUUACUUCAGUUCUGAGAACAUGGAUGGGAGCAACCCUGCUCUGAAUGUGCUUCAGAGACUUUGUGCUGCAACUGAACUACUCAACCUCCAGGUGGAUGGUGGAGCUGAGUGCCUUGUAGAAAUUCGUAGCAUUGUCUCAGAGUCAGAUGUUUCGUCAUUUGAAAUCCAACACAGUGGAUUUGUGAAGCAGCUGUUACUUUAUUUAACAUCUAAAAAUGAAAAAGAUGCUGUUAGCAGAGAGAUCAGAUUAAAGAGAUUCCUUCAUGUCUUUUUUUCUUCUCCACUUCCUGGAGAAGAGCCUAUUGGCAGAGUAGAACCAGUGGGUAAUGCUCCUUUGUUGGCAUUAGUUCACAAGAUGAACAACUGCCUCAGCCAGAUGGAACAAUUUCCAGUCAAAGUGCAUGAUUUCCCUAGUGGAAACGGGACAGGAGGCAGCUUUUCUCUCAACAGAGGAUCACAGGCUUUAAAAUUUUUCAACACACAUCAGUUGAAAUGCCAGUUACAGAGGCAUCCAGACUGUGCGAAUGUGAAGCAGUGGAAGGGCGGCCCUGUCAAGAUAGACCCCCUGGCUUUGGUCCAGGCUAUUGAAAGAUACCUGGUUGUCAGAGGUUAUGGAAGAGUGAGAGAAGAUGAUGAAGACAGUGAUGAUGAGGGCUCAGAUGAGGAGAUAGAUGAGUCUCUGGCUGCUCAGUUCUUAAAUUCAGGAAAUGUAAGACACAGGCUGCAGUUUUACAUUGGAGAACAUUUACUACCGUAUAACAUGACUGUGUAUCAGGCGGUCCGGCAGUUCAGCAUACAGACUGAAGAUGAAAGAGAAUCUACAGAUGAUGAGAGCAAUCCCCUUGGAAGAGCUGGGAUUUGGACAAAAACUCAUACAAUAUGGUACAAACCUGUAAGAGAGGAUGAAGAAAGUAAUAAAGAUUGUGUUGGUGGUAAAAGAGGAAGAGCCCAAACAGCUCCAACGAAAACGUCCCCUAGAAAUGCAAAAAAGCACGAUGAGUUAUGGCAUGAUGGAGUGUGUCCAUCAGUAUCAAACCCUUUAGAAAUUUACCUCAUUCCCACACCACCUGAAAAUAUAACUUUUGAAGACCCGUCAUUAGAUGUGAUCCUCCUUUUACGAGUUUUACAUGCCAUCAGUCGAUAUUGGUAUUACUUAUAUGAUAAUGCAAUGUGCAAGGAGAUUAUUCCAACUAGUGAAUUUAUUAACAGUAAAUUGACAGCAAAGGCAAAUAGACAGCUUCAAGAUCCUUUGGUAAUCAUGACAGGAAACAUCCCUACAUGGCUUACCGAGUUAGGCAAAACCUGCCCCUUUUUCUUUCCUUUUGAUACACGGCAAAUGCUUUUCUAUGUAACUGCAUUUGAUCGGGACCGAGCAAUGCAAAGAUUACUCGAUACCAACCCAGAAAUCAACCAGUCUGAUUCUCAAGACAGCAGAGUUGCACCUAGAUUGGAUAGAAAAAAACGCACUGUGAACAGAGAGGAGCUGCUGAAACAAGCCGAGUCUGUGAUGCAGGAUCUGGGCAGUUCCCGGGCCAUGUUAGAAAUCCAGUAUGAAAAUGAGGUUGGCACAGGUCUUGGACCAACACUGGAGUUUUACGCACUUGUAUCUCAGGAACUACAGAGAGCUGAUUUGGGUCUCUGGAGAGGUGAAGAAGUAACCCUUAGCAAUCCAAAAGGAAGCCAAGAAGGGACCAAGUACAUUCAAAACCUCCAGGGCCUAUUUGCACUUCCUUUUGGUAGGACAGCUAAGCCAGCCCAUAUUGCAAAGGUUAAGAUGAAGUUUCGCUUCUUAGGAAAAUUAAUGGCCAAGGCUAUCAUGGACUUCAGAUUGGUGGACCUUCCUCUUGGUUUACCUUUUUAUAAGUGGAUGCUUCGGCAAGAAACUUCACUGACGUCACAUGAUUUGUUUGACAUUGACCCAGUUGUAGCCAGAUCAGUGUAUCACCUAGAAGACAUUGUCAGACAGAAGAAAAGACUUGAACAAGAUAAAUCCCAGACCAAAGAGAGUCUACAGUAUGCAUUAGAAACCCUGACUAUGAAUGGCUGCUCAGUGGAAGACCUAGGACUGGAUUUCACUCUGCCCGGGUUUCCCAACAUUGAACUGAAGAAAGGCGGGAAGGAUAUACCUGUCACUAUCCACAACUUGGAGGAGUACCUGCGACUGGUUAUAUUCUGGGCACUAAAUGAAGGUGUUUCUAGGCAGUUUGAUUCCUUCCGAGAUGGUUUCGAAUCGGUUUUCCCACUCAGUCAUCUUCAGUACUUCUACCCAGAGGAACUGGAUCAGCUCCUCUGUGGCAGUAAGGCAGACACUUGGGACGCCAAGACGCUGAUGGAGUGCUGCAGGCCCGACCACGGUUACACGCACGACAGUCGGGCUGUGAAGUUCCUCUUUGAGAUCCUCAGUAGUUUUGAUAAUGAGCAACAGAGGUUGUUUCUCCAGUUUGUGACUGGGAGCCCAAGAUUGCCCGUUGGAGGAUUCCGGAGUCUGAAUCCACCUUUGACAAUUGUCCGGAAGACAUUUGAAUCAACAGAAAACCCAGAUGACUUCUUACCCUCUGUAAUGACUUGUGUGAACUAUCUAAAGUUGCCGGACUAUUCAAGCAUUGAGAUAAUGCGUGACAAACUAUUGAUAGCAGCAAGAGAAGGGCAGCAGUCAUUCCAUCUCUCCUGAUUACAACGAGAAGUCAGUGUCUGCCUGUUACAGCAAAAGAAAAAUCAUGGUUUCUUUUCUAAAUGUAUCACCUGAGUCAAGGAAACAUGUUACGCCUUCUUGUGGUAGGAAAACGGCUUGCAGAUUCUAAGAGACACUUGGUUGAUAUUAAUGGCCCCAUGGACUUAAAGUGAUCAGGCCCUAAAAUGUUGUUGUGAUGAGGUUUCUUUAGCAAGUUCUUGUUUAAAUUAUCAUUUAUUUGAUGAGUGAAGUUUUUAACUUGCUUUGCUGUGUGAAAUUUGAAAAAAAAGGGAUGUUUUUCCAAGCUGGAAUAAUAAAUGUCGCUGUGCAGUUUAAUUCUGGGCUGUGUGUAUCCAUCUAGCAGAAUGUGCAGUCUUUCCUGCUGUACGUGCACAGACAUCAAAGCCCCCCGUGUUCCCGGCAGGCGGAGUCCAGUCGAGCAGCCCCUGUGCUUUCUGCUCCCCUCCGACCUUGUGCCCGAACUCCCCGUCUGGUUUACACAGUUGUCACAUUGUCGUUAGCCAUGGCUUUUGUUGUCCCAUGUUCUCUCCAAUUGAGACAUAAUCUAUGAUUCAAUGAAUUGAAAUACCUUGUCACUGCUAGGUAAACUUUUCUUCUAGCUUAGUUUGAAUCUAGUUGUAGUGUGGUAACUGACCUUUGACCCUGUGACAAGGUAGGACUGUUUACACUGACAUUCUGGCCACAUGGAUAGCAGCCUCUGGGAUGAAGGCACAGAAAGCUCAGGUGCUCAGAAUCAUUUCUUUGGCAUAAGUCAAAAUGUCUACAGCUUGGUUAACUAGAAUCUUUUUCAAUGCCGGCAGGGCGUUUUAAAUGGGUGUAAAUGUUUAAAUAAAACUGGAAGUUUUUAAUUCCUGUUGGAGUAAGCAGCUCUUUUUCUCCCUUGCCCAGUUUUUGUUCCCCUUCUCCCAGUGGUCACUUGGAACAGUUCAGCCUUUGUCUCACAGAGAAAAGCACCUGUUGGUAGUAACUUGAAGACAGUAUAAAGUGGAAAGAGAUUCCUUCCUUAAGUUUCAAAAUUACAUACACUUUAGAGAAAUUUCUGUACUUUAUUUCUGAAAAUGAAAAUGAUAGAUUUCCCCCGCCCCCCUCAAUUUUUUAAAUUGGCCUUUGGGAAGCCACUUUUCUUUCUUUUGGUCUAGUGAAGUCUUACCAAAUUAAGUCCUUAUAUACAUCAGUAGCCUUACAUGAAAACAUCUUCCCCUGGCAGCCAGCAUGGAAAGAGACCCCUCAAGGUGGGAGAGAACUGUCACAGGAACUGGGAGCCAGAGGAAUCUGUGCUUGUAAGAACUGAUAGCUUCAGCAAGAGGCUGAACCGUUAUUUGUUUUCAACUGGUCUGAUACCCUUUUUACAAGUUCUGUUAAAGUGUAAGUGUAUGUGAACAAAAUAGUGUUUCCUAUUAAAAAUCCUUAUUUUUAACUUUUUAUCCAUGUUGUGUCCUUGACAGGUCUGACCUCAUGGAUUCUAAGAGGAAUGUGUUGGUUUUGACUCAGACUCUGGAGUGUUUCAAACCCAGUGGUUUUUGUUCUUAAGCUUUCAGUCUUCGGCUUACUGUUUUGAGUUUGUCGGCUAGGAAAGCCUUUCUCAUUUUAAAGGGUCUCUUGGUAGAGGCCUUAAUGCAUAUUAGGGAAAAGACACGGACUCCAGUUGCUCUUACUCCAGUAUGCCUUAAAUUUGUUUGCUCAGUUGUCCUGUCAACAGACGCUAACUUCCCAGUGUGCUCUGGACACACAGAUAGGUGAUGACUGCAGUUUUCUUGUUCCUUUACUCUUGCUGUCAGAUGGAGUCAGGCAGGUGGCAGUCACAGCUGACACUGAAUCCAUGUUGUUAUUUAGGCAGUAACAGUGGACUGACUUUGUAGGAACUGAAGGAAGGAAAAGGUUGUUUAAUACAACUCUCCUCUUCCCCCAAAGAAGUGUUGUGUAAGUUCCAGGUGGUUUAACUGGGUAGCCUGGGCCAAGCCUGACAGAUAGGUUCACCACAGCUGCAAGAUUUGUACUUUUCUGCUUUCGAUUUAAUGUGUGAGUGCUGACAGAAAGCUUCUUGGAUUGUGGCAGUCCACCAAGAAGGCGGUGCGCUCAGCAUCCCUCUUCUGUGGGUAUGGCUGUUGAGUUGUUUGCGUAACAUGGAAAGGAGUGGUGCAGCCAAUCAAGGGGCCCCUCACUUCCUUCCCUGGAGUGACUUCCCAGGGCAUCUGAUGUGUAAAGAUGAGAGAACCAAGGCACGAAGUGCUGACUUGCACCUGCAGUAACUUAGCCCCACUUCUUGAUUUUCCACAAUAAAGAUUAUCAAGAGCAUAUUAGAGAUUGAUUGGUGUCCCGCUGACCCAUCCUGUCUGUGAAAGUGAGGUCAGGAAGUGGGAAUGUGGGAAUGUCAUUGACAUUCCAAGAAAAAGGAACUUGCUGUGGAACUCUGAAAAUAUAUUCAAAAAGCUAAUCCUUUCCUGAGGAGGGGGAUGCUGGAUGAGGUUGUAAAUUGACCGUUAGCAAAGAGAAGCAAACCCUGGCUCUCCUUUUGCACCUGUUUCUCCUGCUGUAAUGAGAAUGUUGUUUAGAAAUGUCAUCUCUGUAUUUAUUCUCUGAGAACUGCUCUUGUAUCAGUCUUGGGAUUGACUUGGCAAUAGUUUGCUUUCAUAGUAAGGAUAACCCAGUGACGAGUCUCCCAAAGCUUCUUUUGUUACCUCAACAACAGCAGCAACAUCCUGACAAACUAGAGCAUUUAUAUAUACAGAAAACAGAGUUGGCUGUUUUCCAAGAACACAAAGUUAACUGUUUUUAAUGCAAGGAACAAUUAUUGACUCUGAAGACUCACUCUGCAUAAAGGAGACAUUCUUUAAUAUUGGAAGCAGUGGUUUUAUUUUGACUACAAGCCUACUCAUAUUACCAAACUAUAACCAAUUGCUGAUCUCCUGUAAAGCGUUUUUUUCCUUUUAUCUCAAACAGUGAUUUAUAUGAACUGUUGGAAUAAUGGAACCUCAAACUACAGAUGUGUAUGUAAAACUGUCUAAAAUGCACUGACUUCCUCCUCCCUGACUAUAUUUUUAAUAAACGGCAUUAUCCUA